AGAUAAAAGGUUGUUCGAAGCCACACCCCCUCAGCUGAUGACCCGUGCAAUAACCCUUGCAACAACACAGCACGUGUAAUAACACAGCACGUGCAAUAACACAGCACGUGCAAUAACACAGCACGUGCAAUAACACAGCAACCCGCUGCAGACUGGACCAUGUCAGACACUUCCACUACAUUAGUGGCUAUUGUUGCCUUGCUUGCUCUUGUGGGGAAUGUCUUGAUAACUUUAGUGGGUUUAAAGCUCCCCGCUCAUCCCAAGAACUUGACACAGAUAUUCCUGAUAAGUCUCUCAGUGGCUGAUAUAAUACUGAGUCUACAAGUUCCCUUCUACAUUCUGGGACUGCAGAAUGAGGAGUGGGGGUACUUUCCACAAGUGGGUGAAACCCCUGGCAACCCUACUGCUGAACCUUCUACUACGCUGAAGGUUUUCUGCAGUAUCUCCAGCUUCCUUCUCUGGACCACUAUAAAAGCUAACAUCUUCAUGGUUAUGGUGAUGGGGUUCGACAGGAUGGUAGCUACCUGCUACGCGGCCACGUAUUUAAAGACUGUAAAGAGACAGUACGCCCAGGUAGCUUGUACAAUUGUCUGGAUCCUCUCUUUCCUUUUAGCUGCUUUGCCUGGUGUUAUUACUGUUAUCACUACUGAUAACAAUCCUUACUCUUACGAUCACAGGUUCCGAACCUGCACUCCCUUCCCUGACUUCUGUCACAAACAAGGAAGUGGGACACAUAAACACAUGUCACACUUCCUGGUGUACUUCCUAAUUGAACUGGUGGUCACCUUCUUCAUACCUCUUAUCUGCAUCACUAUCUGCUACUUCCUUAUCUGCUCCAAAAUAUUCAACCUAAAGAAAAUACGGACAAUCAGCAGGCACUUCAGUAAGAAACAGAUAUUCAAGUCGGCCAAGUCCGACAAGAAUAAAGACAGCAAACCUUCCUCACCGGAGGAGGGGGCGAGUAAAGACAAGUUUAACGAGAAUUACCCUAGUAACAGUAACCCUAGUGACAAGUCUAAAGAGAAGGACUCCUCCUUCGCCAUGAUAACCUCUGAAGAGCAGAGCGCUGAGGGAGAACACAAGAAACAAGAGAGCAGAAUCUCAGAACAAUCCAGGUCAGGGUUCAGGAUAAACAUGAACCACACAGCUGAGCAUCAGAUCAGUGAGGAGUCUGUGUACCCGGUAGAUACCAAACCUCAGGGUUACAAACUCAAUAUCAGUAGCUCACCUCCGGUCAAACAACCUAAAUUUGGACUGUACCCGAACAGCUCUCGAGUUAGCAACGAGUGUAAUGACGAGUGUAGUAACAAGGAGUGUAGCGAGGUAAUACCGAGCACUAGGAAGGCCCUGUCUCUGUACCCAGACACAGUUAACAUAGGUGAGGAGUGUAGCGAGGAGACCCUGCCCAACAUGACUGAACCUCAGCUAUACUCAAUAGAUCCUAACAUGCAGAGGAGAAGGUUUAACUUCUUUACCUCUGGAGAAGAUGACGAGUUCGCGGAGUGUCCCGAACCUGGCUCUAAAACUGGUAUUCUAGCUAGCAGUAUCAAUGUUAUAGAGAAACAUUACAACGCAAUUGAGGCAGCACAGAAGGAACUUGCUAAGAAGAUGAGGGUUUACAAAUACCAGAUCAGGGUGGCUAGAACAGCCGUAGUGGUGUGCACCUUCUUCUUUAUGUGCUACCUCGUCUACGAGAUAGGAACCCUCUAUGUUAUGUGGGGCGUCGCGUGUGACGACAAGGACCCGGACUCUAAAAUCAACCUCUUUAUCAAAAGUUCCCACGGCUUCUUGUUUCUGAACAGUGCUCUCAAUGUGCUGGUAUACGGACUAAUGCACAGGACUGUCAGAGCUCAUUUGUCUAAGAUUUGUGCCGCUUGCACUGCUAAAUCUGCUAAUAGUUCUUCUUGAUAGUUACAGUUUUUGAUUGUUGUUUUGACAGUUUUUUUCGUUGUUGUUUUUUCUAUUUUUACCGAAUGUUUAGUUGUUUAAUACGAAUUAUUUAGUAUGAUA